CACAAACUUUCAAAAACAUGUUUUGGCCUUAAAACUGGUUCAUCUCCCUUGAUCUCUGUAAUUAUCUCUGCCAAUCGGCUACGGACUCGAACCAGCCGGAGCAAAUCUCCAUAACUCAAUCUUCUGAAACAAGUUUUGUUCUGGACAAAGUGGUUGGGAAUAGCCAUGUUUGCACAAGAUUCAUUAUCAAGAGAAGCCCUUGAGAUGAAAUUUGGUCAACUUCAUGUUGAUUAUGAUUUACAAGCUGAGGAGUUAAGUGUUCUGCUAGACAGGGUCAAAUCAGCUUCAGAAAGCUUGCACUUUUUGAGGUCAAAAGCUAGAAUCUUGGCCGUUCCUGGUCUAGCUUCACUCGGUGCUGAACAGGUAGAGCUAGAAGAUGAUGGUUCAGUUUCUGAAGUGGACAAGGACAUCAGUCUUGAAGAUACGUUUACUGAGACUAGCAAGAACCAAGAUUCCUUGGUUACAGAGGAUGGAGCUUGUACAUGGAAGAUGAUCCAGUCUAUACAGAUGGUUGCUGAAGUGCUGGAGUCUCUUCUGAGGAGGGUCACAGCGGCAGAAUCUGAAGCGUCGUUUCAGAAGGAGAGGGUGAUUAUAGGGGAAGAAGAGAUUAGAAGGAAGACAAUCCAGAUAGAGAAUUUGUCAUUGAGGUUAGAAGAGAUGAAACAGAUUGUACAUGAGAAUAAAGAUGUUCUCGAUGAAACAGUGGAGAUAAUUAAGAAACUGGUUGAAGAUAGUAUGAGAGAUAGGGAAAAAGCUGUUGAAAAUGAAGAGGAGCUCCGUCGUGUGAGGACAGAGUUUGAGUCACUUAGAAAUUACGUGAAUACUUCCACCAAUGCUGUAGAAACGCUUCUUUCAUCGGAGAGGCAGUUCCAGACUAUUGAAGCACGGUUGGUUGCUAAGUCAGCACAGCUGGAAGGCGAGAAAGCGCAGAAAGAGGUAGAAGUUCAAAAGCUGAUGGAGGAGAACGUGAAGUUAACCGCACUUCUUGACAAGAAAGAAGCUCAGAUUCUGGCCUUGAAUGAACAAUGCAAAUUCAUGGCUUUGAAUCCUUCAAACAUCUGAUUCUCCAUCAUUCAUCUCUUGGCAAAAGAGAGGAUCAUUUGACAUAGCAGCCGUACUUAAUUUGCUAUGGCCCAUGGGAUUCUUAUGUUGUUCUUUGGUAACUCUGUACAAUCAUGGCUUUGAAUAAGCAAGUAAAGUUAUCUGUUGGCUGCUCAUUUGCUAAAUAGUUUUUGCUUCUCUA